AUGAAUCAAAAACAAACAUGUCUUCGAAAAUUUAGAUGGUAUAAAGGGUUUAAUUUUUGCUUAUAUUCAAAUAUUGUUUUUGCUUAUGUUAUAGUGCCAAGAUCGUGGAACACGCCACCACGAUUAUCCCGAGAUAACAUAUAUGCAGCUUUAAGUACAAUCGAUUUGACAGGUUUACAACAAAAUAUAUAUGGACCCAACAACAUUAUAUCAACACCGUUGAAGGAACAAUUUGUUUCAUCGAUUUUGCAUGUGUCUGCAUUGUCAAAUAAACUUUUACAAACACCAACACGUAAUCAACCAACAUUUGUUAUUAAUGCUUCGUAUAAUGAAUCAAAAGUGAUUCCAGCUUGCUUACAAACUCCAAAUUCGUCGUCACCUAAUUUUGCAUCACGAUUUCGUGCAGAUGUGGUACAACUUGUUGAAGCAAGCAAUAUUCAUAAACAUAGUGAUACUUGUUAUAAAUACUGGAAUACUAAUAAAGAUGAUAAGAAAAGUUGUCGGAUGCGUAUGCCACGCAAAUUGGUACCAAUUUCAACAAUUGAUCCUGAUACAGUUAUUGCUGAAGCUCAAAUCGACAAUAAUGCAAUCGAUCCUGUACUUUUGCCAGCAAAACAUGAUGUUCAUGGCGAAUACGACAUGGAUGACAGCAAUGACUUGCUUGAGCUAUUAGGCAAUUUAGAUGAAUAUACAACUGCUGCAGUCAAUACCACAAGAAAAACAACAGAAAAUAAAUAUAUUGAAGAAACUAUCGAAGCAGUCGAGAACGUUGGACGAUUUAAUCAUACGAACACAUAUUAUCAAUCUUCUUCAGACAUAUCAAUUGAUCGUACUAAUCGACAACUUAUACCAUUCUUUUGUGCAACAUCUCAUCUUGUUCAACUCCAUACAAAAUGGCAAAAAUAG